AUGAGUGCAGAAGGGCCCUCUGAAGAAAACAACAGUCCUGAUAAGUCUUCUGACUCUGAUAUAAGGAUUAUCCUGGUGGGUAAAACUGGAGCAGGGAAGAGUGCAACAGGAAACACUAUCCUGGGUGAAAAGAAAUUCUUUCAAGAAGGAGCUUCACCCGAAUCAAUUACAAAAGAAUGUGCAUCUGAUUUUACACAUAUUGGAGGCAGAAAAAUCUGUGUGAUUGAUACACCAGGACUGUUUGGCUCAUCAGAUCAAAACAUCGAGGAAAAACUAAUCAAGGACUGUGUCCGCCUGUCCCUUCCUGGUCCUCAUGCAUUCCUGGUGGUGAUUAAAGUGGGGAGAUUCACAAAAGAGGAGAAGAAUGCAGUGGAGUGGAUCUGUGAAAACUUUGGAGAAUAUGCUUCUCUCUACACCAUCAUUCUGUUCACACACACUGAUCAGCUGAAUGGCAAACCUUUAAAGACCUAUGUACAGGAAAGCAAAGAGCUUUUGAGGUUUAUUGAACGAUAUGGUAAUAGAUAUCUUGGCUUUAACAAUGCUCAACCAGACAACGAUCAGGUCAGAAAGAUGCUGAAGAAGAUAGAUGAGAUGGUGGAGAGGAAAGAAGAAAAAUGUUACACUAAUGAGAUGUUUCGAAAAGCACAACAUGAGAUCAUUCAGAGGGAAAAAGAGGAAAAGAGGCGUGAAGAGGAGGAAAAGAAGCGUGAAGAGGAGGAAAAGAGGCGUAAAGAGGAGGAAAAGAGGCAUGAAGAGGAGGAAAAGAGCCGUAAAGAGGAGGAAAAGAGGCGUAAAGAGGAGAAGAAAAGGCAUGCAGAGGAGAAGAGGCGUCAAAAAAAGGAAAAAGUAGAGAAGAGAAAAGAGGUUGCACUGGGAGCAGCAACAGCAGCAGGAGUUGGAGGAGUUUUGGCAGGUGGAGUAGCUCUUGGAGUCACAGGUUUUCUAGUGCUGCCUGCAUUGGGAAUUACAGCUGGAGGAGCACUUGCUGUGGGAACAGGGGCAAAGCUGGCUUAUGGUAAAUAUAAGAGCAAGAAAAGGAACAAUCAAUUAAGGAAUCAGAAUAAUUGA